AUGGCGCUCGUAAUUCGCGAGUCCGGCAGCCUGAAGCCAGACAUCCGUCUGGCUCAGGCGGUGUCUGAGUUUGAGGCGCUACUGACAUUCGAGCAAAAAUCCACCUUCAGAACAUCGCGCGACCGGGCAGUCAGUGCGGCACCGACUAUGUCAGAUGUCAUGCGGCUUACUGCAGAGAUCGAUCUCAAAGCCACUAGUAAACAUGGCCGCGGGCGAUGUUUUGGACCAAGGAUGACAAAUACUCUUCAGGCUAUCCAGCAGUUUGCAGCAUUGGGUGACAUUGUAGUUGGGGGAGGCCAAAACCUCAUCGCUUGUGGAGUCUGGGCUGUUGCAAGGUUGACUCUCCAUGUCAUCACUGGGUAUUAUACAUAUCUAGAAAAUUUAUCACAGCUCUUCAUGGCGAUGGGUCGAAAUGCGCCACGCUACCAAGCCAUGGCAGCGUUAUACCCAAAGUCGAAAGCUCUACAAGUCAAUCUAUGCGAGUAUUUUAUUGUCAUCACUAAGCUCUGUCAUCAGUCAGUAUUAUGGACAAAGAAAUCUGCCUUGGGCCGGCUCGCCUCCACCAUGAACGAUCCUCAAAUGAAGACAUUCAAAGACGACCUUGAUCUGUGGUCUUCGGCAAUCAAAGAAGAAACAGACCUAUUGUUGAAUCGGAAAGUUGCCCAGGAAGCGAAAGAAAAUUCCAUUUUCCGCUCUUUGACUACAUUUCGUUCUGAUGCUUUUGACCAUCAACAGAGGAUUGAGAGGUCCACUCGCGUUUUGGACGCAUGCUCGAAACACGACUAUCGAACGACCUGGAAGCAGACUCCAUAUCAACAAUGGAAAGAGGGAUCUAGGAAAACAUCGAUUCUAUUCCUUGGAAAACUUGGUGCUGGAAAAUCUGUUUUACUAGCCAACUUGGUAGAUGACCUAAAUUUGCGAGACAAUGCAAUAACUCUCUACUUCUUUUCGAGACAUGAUAACGACAAAAGCACGAAGGCUAGAACGAUCUUCGGCUGCCUCAUACGACAGCUUUUAGAGCAUGUCAUGAACGACACCGGUUUCAGUCAUUUAUUUUCUGAGACUGUAUCCCACCUUGACCUGGAUACCAUUGUCGACCUCUUCCGACGAGCAAAACCUGACAACGUAUCCAUCGUACUCGACGGCCUAGAUGAAUGCGAAUUGGAUGUUCAACGCACAGUCUUGACGCAUCUGACAGAAAUACAGGGAUUUGGGUAUAAAAUAUGCUUGUCAGUACGGACACCCCAGAAUGGUCCUAUUUGGAGGAAAAGGCCAUUUGACUUCCAGGUUCAUAUACCAGAAGAGAAUCCAGAUAUUUCAGAUUUCAUAGAAGCAGAGGUAGACAGAAGAGUGGAGGACGGGAGACUUGUCACCCAGGAUCCGAAUCUGGUCGAGGAAGUCAAGAAGGAGCUCAUCACAGGGGCAUGCGGAAUGUUUCUUUGGGCAUCCUUGCAGCUUGACUCUGUCUGUGAUGAAGUAUCUGACCACGAUAUUCGAGCAGCCAUCCACGAUCUACCGGGUGAUUUAACAGAAACAUUCAAGCGAAAUCUUUCUAAAGCAAUUUCAAGAGACUCCAAGAGACUCCAUGUCAGAAUUUUCAAGCUUCUAGUUGGCGCAAGAGAGCUAUUAACAGCUGAACAACUUCGUCAGGCCGCGAGCGUCACUAUAGGACGAACAGUGUGGAACUACGACAAAGAGAUAACAAGUAUAUACCUGGUUCUCAAAUUCUGUGGUAGUCUGGUUAUGGUGGACGAAGAAGAUGACACCGUUCGAUUUAUUCACCAUAGCGCGCGAAGUUUCUGUCUACAUGGGCUCCACUCUGUUUCUGGCUGGAGCUUUACCCAGAUGGAAGCAGACCAACACAUGGCUGAGACACUCAUAACCUACCUAAGCUGCAAUAUCUUUGAGACGAGACUUUCAAAGAAUGUAGUGCCAAACAUAGACGCAAGUCAUGUGCCAAAGAUAGUGGCUGUUAAUGCCAUGAGUAGGCAUUUCAAGGGAACAAAGAUCGCAAAUAGGCUGCUUAGUUCGAGGGCGAACUUAAAACGGGAUAUCGGUCCAACUUUAGCGAAACGAAGUGCGAAUCUCUACCAGGAACAUCAUUUCUCAUUGGCGAGUUACGCGAAGAGGCACUGGUUGCAUCAAACAGCUCACCUGGAAGACCUUCCAUCACUACCACAAUGGCAUACCUUGCUUGAUCAUCCCUCGUUUGGUAUCGAUGAGGAAAACCUCCCCGUUCCUAUUAUCAUCCCAUAUCCUCUGCAGGAAGCAGUAGAUCAGUUUUCAGCCGAUGCCGAAAUCUCCAAACUACGAAUCAGGCGGAGACGCCCACUAGCAAAAAAGCAAAUCUCAAGUUGGGUAUCGCCCCAGUGGGCCAGGAUGAUUUGGGCUCUUUCUUUUGGACACAUAAUUGGGUUUCAAACAUGA